AUGCUUGCGUCCAAGCCUUCGUUCUCGACGACUUUGGGCAUGCCUACGUCCCAAACCCCAACCACCUCUUACCAUUCUGGGCCGUCGCAAAAGUCCGCCAUCUUCUCCAUCAAAGAUGGGGCAUCCUUCGCCAGUCCCACGGAGUCGGAGUUCUCCAUACACGAUGGGCUGGAGGCUGUGCGAUCCUGGGAUGAAAAGCAGGUGAUCACUUGGCUCCACAGCAUCAAUUGUGGCCAGUAUGAGGCUCUUUUCAAAGCCAACAACUUCAACGGGAACAACCUCAUCGAAUGUGACCAGAAAAUUCUCCAGGAGAUGGGAAUCAAGAAAAUUGGCGAUCGUGUUCGCAUCUUCGUCGCCAUCAAACAACUGAGGAAUAAGUCGGUCAUCAACCGCAAACAAAGAAACAUGGAUAAGCUAGCAGCCCUGGAAGUUUCCGGUCGAUCGUCGAAUCUCCGACUCAAUUCUGCAGGCACUUCUCGCCUGCCGCGCACGGAUAACCUGCCUCAUGGUUACACCGCAGGUAAAGCAGGUUCGCGGCCUGGGUCACCUCUGCGAGCUCAGCGAUAUGUGGCAAGCCCCAUGGAAAACGCGCGAAAGGAACAGGGACAGGGUUAUUUCAGCCACCCCUCAUCAGGCGGCUCCAAUUCGGGGCGCAAAACACCGAGUGAGACCCAUCGGGGUCCUUCACAUUUGAGGCAGAACCCCAGCCUUGACGGAUUGACCAUGGGUCCCCUGCCUACCAACUCUCCCGUAAUACGAGUGAUCUACACAGGAGGACAGACCAAGGUUUUGAACAUCAAACAUUGCAAGACACCGGAUGAAAUCAUUAUUUGUGUUUUGAAGAAGCUCCAGCUCCCCGAACACCAGUACCGCAACUACUGCUUCUACGUGCUGGAUGGACUGGAGCCGGACCCGUCCAAUUGCAGGAAAUUGACCGACCACGAACUGAUGGGCAUCGUUGAGGGCGCCCACAGCGAACGUGGACGCCUUAUCCUGCGGAAGAUCCAUGCGGGAGAGCCUGAUAAUGAUGAACUCCGCCGGGCCUCGCAGCUUGCGGUGGAUGAAAGCCAGGUGACCCACUUAGCUGCCUUGAACAACUCGAACACGAGGAAUCAGAUGAAGAUCCAGCAGCUUACUGGUGAGUCCUGGCAUAACAUCAGCAAACCUAUGUCACCCCUGUCUUCUCGGCACCAGAACACCCCGAGUGACCAUGAUGUGCAAAUGCCACAUUUAGAACGCCAUCCGGUAUCGAAGUUACGCUCCUUCUUCGGCGCUCGGCCACCAAGUGAAAUGAUCAUUCAUGAGAUCACAUCCUACUUCCCAAGCCACCACCGUGAGGACAUCGAGAAGACGAUGCGCAUGUCCGUUCGGAGGUCACAGCGUCUCAGUCGUGCAGCGAGCCGACUGAGCGUUGUCAGCAAUACAAGCUAUGCUUCCAGUUUGAGGGAUGCCCCUCCUAUCCCCAGUAUUGCCGACACGUGGUUCAACCAAGGAGGACAGGCCACUCGUGCCCCGCGGCCCAUCUCCGUGUCUAAAUUCAACCUUCCCCAGACCGCGUAUCGGGAUUCCAUCGCGUCUAGCUCCCUGCAGCCUCUCCAGGAGGAGUCACCUAUUGAGCCCAAUCGGAAGUCAUACGUCUCAUUCGACAGCGGCUCAGAUGACCCCACUAAUUCUCGCCAAAGUCUCUUGGACGAGAAUUCCAGUGUGGCGGCAACUGAUGGUGGCUCCUUCAACGAGCGACUCAGUGUCUUGGUGGCGGAAGAUGGAGAAGAAGAGGAUGAUGGUCUGAAUGAAUUCUUGGCUGGGAACAACUUCGCUGCCAAGAACUGGAUGAAAGGUUCCCUCAUCGGUGAAGGAUCCUUCGGAAGUGUAUUCCUUGCUCUGCAUACCAUCACCGGAGAGCUUAUGGCCGUCAAACAAGUUGAGAUACCAUCGGCAACCAAGGGAACAGAGUUCGACAAACGAAAGAACAGCAUGGUCACUGCACUCAAACAUGAAAUCGAGCUGUUACAAGGGCUGCACCACCCCAACAUCGUGCAGUAUCUCGGAACUGCUGCCGACGAUCAGUAUCUGAACAUUUUCCUGGAAUAUGUGCCGGGUGGUUCCAUUGCCACGAUGCUCAAGCAGUACAACACCUUCCAAGAGCCUCUGAUCAAGAACUUUGUACGACAGAUCCUGGCCGGUCUUUCCUACCUCCACAGCCGGGACAUCAUUCACCGAGACAUCAAGGGUGCCAACAUUCUGGUCGACAACAAGGGCGGCAUCAAGAUCUCCGACUUUGGCAUUUCCAAGCGAGUCGAGGCAUCGACUGUUCUUGGCGCUCGCGCGAGUGGCAGCGGAGCUGGCCACCUCCACCGACCUUCGUUGCAGGGCAGUGUAUAUUGGAUGGCCCCUGAAGUCGUCCGCCAGACAGCUCACACGAAAAAGGCUGAUAUCUGGAGUUUGGGCUGCUUGGUGGUAGAGAUGUUCAUUGGAGCUCAUCCCUUCCCGGACUGCAGCCAACUGCAGGCUAUUUUCGCCAUUGGCAGCAACCAGGCCCGGCCGCCGGCCCCGGAGCAUGCCAGCAAGGAUGCGGUGGCUUUCUUGGAUAUGACCUUCCAGGUCGACUACGAACAAAGACCUAGUGCGGAUGAGCUAUUGAAAUGUCAAUUUCUGGCUGCUCCUACGAUUGCAUAG